AUGGCAAAUUGCCAAUAUGGCUUUGAUACUGCCGCCGUCGCCGGUUUCCAGGCCAUGAUUGGAUUCCUCGAAGUUUUUGGCUACAAAGACCCCAAGGUCAAGUCGGGAUGGAACAUCAACACCAAGCCUCAGCAGCUGAUUUCAAGCUUCCUUAACGUCGGUACUAUUGUCGCGGUGCUUCUUGGUGGUCCCUUCUCCCAUCGGUUCGGUCGCAAACCGGCAAUAUGGGUCGCGGCCGUCGUAUCGAUGGUAGCAUGCGGCGUCCAGGUCGGAGUCAACAGUCUUGCAGGUCUAUACGCCGGAAGGAUUCUCCUUGGAUUGGGAAACGGGUUUUUCAUACUCUACAGCAACACCUAUACCGUCGAGGUGGCACCUCCACAGCAUCGAGCAUUCCUGGCGUCGUUCUUCGGAUUUUGGGUGAAUCUCGGCAGUAUUCUCGGGGCCGUUGCCGACAACUAUAGCAAGAACUUGCAUAGUAGAUUGGCGUAUCGGAUCCCACUGGCUUCAUUAUUCGCCAUCCCAUUUUUGCUCAGCAUCUUCAUGUUCUUUGUACCGGAGUCGCCUCGGUGGCUCCUUUUGCACAACAGGCCAGAAGAAGCGCGCAAAGCAUUGGAGAGUCUCAGAGGGAAAUCACUCAAAGUUGAGCUCUUGAACGAAGAGUUCAUCGAGAUGCAAAGAGGUAUUGACCAAGAAAAGGAGCUGGCAUCAGCAACAUCGGCCUUAGACAUGUUCAAGGGCACCGAUCGCCGACGGACUAUCCUGGCAGCAGGAGCCAUCGUAUCGCAUGCAGCGUCAGGAGUCUGGUUCACCAUUUCGUACAGCACGUUCUUCUACCAAAUGGCCGGCAUUGACAAGCCAUUCCAAGCGACCAUUCUGCAGAAUUGCCUCGGAUUGAUUGGUGCAAUGUGCGGCAUGUUUCUCAUGCACAAAGUGUUUGGCCGCCGCACCAUGCUUUUGAUUGGAGCUUCCGGAUGCUGCAUUUGUAUGUUGGUCAUUGGCUUAUUGAGCCUUGCUGGACAUUCGAAGAGUGCUGGUCAAGCCCUAGUGGGCUUUGCAUUGAUGUUCAGCUUCUUCUACAACGGCUUCACCGGCACGAUUACCUGGCCGAUCGCGGGAGAGCUCGUCAGUUCACGUCUGCGAAUUUUCAGCGUCGGCCUGGGCACUGGAAUCAACUAUUUCUUCAACUGGCUGAUCUCGUACUGCACACCAUAUUUCCUGAAUGCAAACAAUCUCAACUGGGGCGCCAAGUACGGGUAUAUCUGGGCCGGAUCAAACGCGAUUGCAUUUGCCUUUUUCUUUUUCCUAAUCCCGGAGACAAAAGGACGCUCCUUAGAAGAAAUUGACGAGAUGUUCGUCAACAAGGUCCCACGCGGUCAAUUCAAGACAUAUCAAUGCGUCUCGUCAGAAAGGGCGCGCGAGAUCGCGGGGAAGGAGCUCGAUCAAGUCACCAAGAGUGGUAUUACCGUUCAUGCCGAGAAGGUCUGA